CUCGACCAAACAACGUGUAUAAGGUGUCUUUGGAUAGCUUUUGAAGUAUAUUUUCAUAUUUGAGUGGCCACAGUUCGAGAGGAGAAGUCAAUCAUCCAAAAAUCGAUCUGGAACGAGCAGAGGUCUGUGAACUCGAGCUGUGAGAGUGCGGAGACUGUUUGGCCGAUAUCUCGAGUUUUACCAAUCCAAUUAAGGCGUGUGAGAUACCAAAAGAAAGCUCUCAAGACGAGGAAUCCGUGAAGGUCUGGUUUGCAUCAAUCGGAGUAGAGGAAGGCUUCCAAAUCGUCCGAGCAGAACGAGACCUCGCAGGGACGGAUUUACUCUUCUAAGAAUCGAGUUAGCCGGAAAACACCCGUUCUAGGGGCUGUUUUAGUAUCAACGAUUCGGGGUUGAAAUAGCAACUUGAGGAGGCUGUUUAGCACCCAUUUUCAAGCAAGGAACUAGUUCCCAAUCUUCCUUGGCCGAGGCUUUAGCCAUUGGAUCGAGAAGGAAGGUUUUAAAGCUCAUUUGAGGUUGAGGCUAGAGCUUGCUUCCUGUGCUCGUUGCUCGAGGGAUCAUCUAGGAGGGAAGACUUGAAAUGGACGGUGGUGGCAGGAUUACUAGGAGAAACCCGACGGGCCGUGUACCAGUGGAGACUGGACAGGGCAGUCGAAGGACCUCUAGGGCGUCUAGGGGAGCUGGCCGUGGAGGCCGAUCACAGACCGUGAGUGACGGUCAUGUUGACACAGAAAGUGAAACCUACUGGUCCUAUGAGGACUCAACUUACCAACCGGAGACCGAGCCGGUUGAGACCCCUUACGAAGGGGAUGACGAUGAUAUAAGUGAUGAAGAAGGGGAGAAUGACUCCCUAGCCAGAAUCGAGGCGCUGCUCCAACAAUAUCAGCGGGAGCGCGAAGAAAGGAGGGAACGCCGAAGGCGCCGGGGAGGGCGAACUUUGGGUGGGGCUUCAAGAGGAAGAAGCCAAGGCGACUCUAGGGCCCACAUUGAACCACAUGGGGGCCGGGGUGAUGGAGGUCCGAUCAUAAGGAUCUCAAAAUUUCUCAAAGAGGCGAGAGACUUGGGGUGCAAACCCUUCAACGGAGCAGGUGACAUCUCGGUUGCCGCGGGAUGGAUCAAGAGGCUGAACGAAGCAGCCCUUGAUAUGCAACUCACCCCCGAGUUUAAGCUAAGGGUGGCGGUGAGGUUGCUUGAAGGGAUGGCAUCCACAUGGUGGGACGGAGCCAAGGGAAAGUAUGGCAACACGGUGACUUGGGAGAAUUUCCGACAGGAGUUCUUUGCCCAAUAUUAUUCUGAUUUUGAGGUGAACGCCAAGAGGAGAGAGUAUACCCUCCUGACCCAAGGGGGCAAAAUGACGGUGAG